UUCUCGGCUCGGUUCGCAUCGCUAUGCGCGGCAAGUGACCCGUUCGUAUCGGCUCGGGUGGUGUUGGAGGCAGUUUCAGUGGGCGCACACGUCGUCCGGUCGUCGGUCACUCGGUUCGCUGAUGCCGGAAGCGCUACGAAAUAAUUGUCUGUGAUAGCGAAUGAGUUCGCGAGAAAGUGUGCAUGAAAAAGUGCCCGGUGCAGGCGGGAAGGAAAGUGGCCAAAUUUCCAUCGGUGGCAACGACGCAGCUUCGCGGCUUCCACACGCAACCAAUCAGCCAAUCAGCAGUAGCACACCCAGAUUCUGCAUCCAUUCAACAAAAGAACAACCAACCGGCCGAACCGAAAGGGUGAUCACCGUCCAAGCAGCGAAAUAAAAUCAAACCCAACCCAGGUGCCCCGAGUGGAUACGAGCGCGCGCGUACGACCUGUGCGAAUGUGGGGUUGAGCGAGCAUCACAGAUACCGUGGCGCAGUAACCACCAUAUCGCCAGAAAUUGUAAUAAAGAAGAAAGCGCAUCGGAUCCUAAAGAAGGCACCUGGCUCCAUCGUGUUGUAUUAGCCCAUUCUCCAUCGUCCCGUGAAAAAGCUCGAAUAGCAGAUUCCAACGGAAAGCAUUGUCACGUCACGGCGUCACGUCACGUGCGCGUUGACGUUAGCGCAGUGCCUUUCGGCGGCUUCGGCCGAUCAUUGCAACCGUUGCACCGAACUGCGCUCUAUCUGAUUGCAUCUCUUCCUCAAUACAACUAGAUCGACAGGGAUGCCACUUGAACACUUCUGGUGAUUAUUGUCGGUGCGCUACUGACCCGGACGGGGAGGCUUUCAUCAGUACACAAAAAGCCUCCAACGACGGUGUGCGUAGCGAAUCGGUUUCAUCCAAAGCAUAACAAUUCGACUAAUCCCACUGGCGGCCGAUGAUCAUCUUCAGUCCAGUUUAACCCAUAGUAUCCUGUUCACCCGACCCGCCUGAAUAUCCUGGUCAGCUUCUACUCCAACUCGAACCGAAACGCGAGACAACAACCGUCGCAACAAUGCUAAAUUCUGCCUCGAAACAUUUGCUGCACUGCGGCCUACUACUGACUCUGUUGGUGGUGUUCGAGGUGUUCUCGGGUGGUAUCAAGGUGAACGAGAACUCUUUCGUGUCGAUCGAUCCUUGGGCCGAGUACGGUUCGUUGGCGACCGUUAUCCUGUACCUGCUCCGGGUGCUUACAUUUCUCACCCUGCCGCAAGUGUUGUUCAACUUCUUCGGACUGAUCAUCUACAAUGCCUUCCCGGAGAAGGUGGUGCUGAAGGGUUCCCCGCUGCUAGCACCAUUCAUCUGUAUCCGGGUGGUCACCCGGGGUGACUACGCCGACCUGGUGCAGUCGAAUGUACUGCGCAACAUGAACACUUGCCUCGACACGGGGCUGGAGAACUUCCUCAUCGAGGUGGUGACGGACAAGCCGAUCGGGUUGCCGAAGCACCGGCGGACACGCGAGAUCGUCGUGCCGAAAGAGUAUAAAACCAAGAGCGGGGCCAUGUUUAAGGCGCGCGCCUUGCAGUACUGUCUGGAGGAGAGCGUCAACGUGCUGAACAACAACGACUGGGUGGUGCAUCUGGACGAGGAAACGCUGCUGACGGAAAACAGUGUGCGGGGCAUCAUCAACUUCGUGCUCGACGGCAAGCACCCGUUUGGGCAAGGGCUGAUUACAUACGCGAACGAAAACGUCGUCAACUGGCUGACGACACUCGCCGACAGCUUCCGAGUGUCGGACGAUAUGGGCAAGCUGCGUCUGCAGUUCAAACUGUUCCAUAGGCCGUUCUUCAGCUGGAAGGGCAGCUACGUGGUGACACAGGUGCACGCUGAGAAAGACGUUUCGUUCGACAAUGGGAUCGACGGGUCGGUAGCGGAAGACUGUUUCUUCGCGAUGCGUGCCUUCGCCCAAGGCUACACCUUCGACUUCAUCGAGGGAGAAAUGUACGAGAAAUCGCCCUUCACGCUCGUCGACUUCCUGCAGCAGCGGAAGCGCUGGUUGCAAGGCAUCCUACUGGUCGUGCGUUCGCCCAUGAUACCGGUGUGCAACAAGCUGCUACUUGGCAUCAGUCUUUGCUCUUGGAUAACGAUGCCUCUGUCCACCUCCAACAUGGUGUUUGCCGCUCUCUACCCAAUUCCCUGCCCGAACGUGAUCGAUUUUGUAUGCGCCUUCAUCGCCGGAUUCAAUAUCUACAUGUAUGUGUUCGGUGUGAUCAAAUCGUUCUCGUUGUACCGCUUCGGAGUGGUCAAGUUUCUGGCCUGUGUGCUCGGGGCGCUCUGCACCAUACCGAUCAAUGUGGUGAUCGAGAACGUGGCCGUCAUUUGGGGCCUGAUCGGGAAAAAGAACAAAUUCUACGUGGUACAGAAGGACGUACGGGCGCUCGUGACGGUGUAGAGAUCGAGUAGCGAAGCGACAGCGGGGCACGACGCGUGAGCUGUAGAAAACGCCGCAAGUUGGACGCCGACGGACGGAUACGAAGCAAAGGGAAAAGUGUGAUUCUGAAUGUAUUGCAUUCUUUUUCGCCAGUAGCUCCCCUUUUCUGUAGCUUUACAUGCACUUAUUACGCCCCGUAUUAUUAUUGCUCCUGCGCGAGCCAGUCAAUGUAUGUCUUUAACUGUUUCAUUUUUAUUAGCGACUUUUUUGUCGCUACACUAUGUUAAAUAUUAGACUAAUGUGCCCAGCGCAGCGGUUUCGUUCGCAGUUUUGUGAUUUUUGUUCCACCGUAGGAAUCUUAUUCAAACAAAAAAAAAACAAACAAACUAGUUUCUAUUGCAAGCAAAUUUUCCAGGGUUUUAGUUUUCCUUUCACCACAUUGUACUUCAUGUAGAAGUUAGGUGGUCAGAGGAUAGAAACGGAAUAGUCGUUUGCUUAAAGGGCAUCAUUAUUUACCUCAUAAUUACCUCAUAUAUGCUAAAUUUAAUUAUUCGCGAGGAGUUGGCUAGGGUGAGCAACCCUAGAAACUUUCAAAUACAACAAAAAAAGGUUUUACUUCAUAUUUAUAUAUCGGUAUUGGAAAAGAUGAUUGAAAAAUGUUCUCCACUGGUCCGCCGGAAUAGGCUCCCCGUUAAUAGACAAAAUGUUCAGCAAGCCUGUACGAAAAAUGAAGCCAGUCUCAAAAGACAAAGACCCAAGAAAAACUGUCAGUAGAUCUACUGUUGGUCCUGCAAGGAGCGCACUGGCGUCGGAUGCACUUCUGGACAACAGCACAAAUCGCAGUGAAAUCACUUCAUUAUAUUUGCGCUCGUAAUGAUCAUUUAUUUAAGGAGGGUAGGAGGGUGAAGGCUACUGGCGGUCGUUCACGAGGAACUCUUCUGUCUUUUGAGUUAUUUAUGAUUUUCUCACAAUAGAAGCGCCGUUUAAACGUAAGCUAUACCGUUACGUCCUGUAGAUGAUAAAGGCAGUGGGCAAAUUUUAGGAAAAAGAACGACGAUACGAUGAUACUGUGCAUUGACGGUAAGCAGGGUCAGUAAAGUUAGAUGUCUACUACCAUUGCCGUCUCAUGAUUACCUAAACUCCGGGCGGUGUCUAGUUCCCGUAAAGUUCGUUAAAAUCACAUUGAGAACGCUAACAACUGCCGUCCCCAUCAUGUACACAAGUGCAUGGCAAAGGGGUGUCUAUAACAACUUUAUAUAAAAAAGCAGCUCCGUUAGAUGACGACGCGUGUAAAACUCACUAGCUGUUAACGCAGUUUGCGUUGGGUUGUUAACGUUCUUAAUUUGAUUGUAUUGAACUAUGUAAGGGCCACGACUUGGUAUUAUCCGGAUUUUAUGUAGCUUCGGUGCGGCGGUGCUAGCAGGCAAUUGAAUUUCAGGAUCAGUUCACGAGAGGCGCUUUCACAAAUGAAUCCAGUGCGAUUAUAAUAAAAUUGUGUGUUUAGUAACACGAGUAAUUCAAAUUCACGAUAAAAGUCCCACAGAAUGGGAGCAAAGAUCUUAAACGCAAUUGGUUGACAAAUUGGUUGAUCGAAUCGGAAGGCACACGCGAGGUAAA